AUGUUCGACCCCGCGGGACCCCCGGCCGCCGGCUACAGCGAGCACUGCUGCCUGCACCCACCCCACGGACCCGCCCCCGCCGCCCCGGGACCACCAGGACUUGAUUUCCCCGUGUGCCAUCAGCCCGGGCACCGUGGCUAUGGGCUGGCACCAGGAGCUGAACUCGCUGCUGACGGCUCCCGGUUCUCCACGCCCCGCGGCGCGGGGAAGCUGGGGAAGAAGCGGGCACUGUCCAUCUCCCCGCUGUCCGACUCCAGCAUCGACCUGCAGACCGUGAUCCGCACCUCUCCCAACUCCCUCGUGGCCUUCAUCAACUCCCGCUGUGCCUCGGCUGGGGGCUCCUACGGGCACCUCUCCAUCAGCACCAUCAGCCCGUCCCUGGGGUACCAGAGCCCACCUGGGCAGCAGAAGGGCCAAGGCCACCUGUACACGCCACCCCCACAGUGCAGCUCCCACGAGCUGCCCCCGCGCCCGGGGCUGCUGCAGCACCCGCCCCGUGGGACCCUGAAACACUGCCAGCAGCUGAAGCUGGAGUGGAGCCUGAGCAGCCCCCUGAGUGCCAAAUUCCCAGAGGAGCGAUCUGAGGGUGACAUCUCCAGCCCAGCGUCCACGGGCACCCAGGACCCCUUGCUGGGCAUGCUGGAUGUUCGGGAAGAGCUGGAGAAGGAGGAUGGGAAACCCGAGUGUGAGGCUGUGUAUGAGACCAACUGCUACUGGGACGGCUGUGCCAAGGAGUUUGACACACAGGAGCAGCUGGUGCACCACAUCAACAACGAGCACAUCCACGGGGAGAAGAAGGAGUUUGUGUGCCACUGGGCAGCGUGUUCCCGGGAGCAGAGGCCCUUCAAGGCUCAGUACAUGCUGGUGGUGCACAUGCGGCGGCACACGGGCGAGAAACCUCACAAGUGCACGUUCGAGGGCUGUAACAAGGCCUAUUCCCGCCUGGAGAACCUCAAGACCCACCUGCGCUCACACACGGGUGAGAAACCCUACGUGUGUGAGCACGAGGGCUGCAACAAGGCCUUUUCCAACGCCUCCGACCGCGCCAAGCACCAAAACCGCACCCACUCCAACGAGAAGCCGUACGUGUGCAAAAUUCCCGGCUGCACCAAGCGCUACACGGACCCCAGCUCCCUGCGGAAACACGUCAAGACCGUGCACGGCCCCGACGCCCACGUCACCAAAAAGCACCGAGGGGACGUGGGGCCAGGCCGGGCACUGCCCACCCCCAGUGCCCCCCCGGACAUGAAACAGGAGAAGGACGCAAACGGCCCCAGCGAGGCUCGGAAGGACGAUGGGAAACUCCUGGUGCCUGAGCUGGCCUUGAAGCCUCAGCCCAGCCCGGGUGGGCAAUCCUCGUGCAGCAGCGACCACUCACCCCUGGGCAGCACCACCAACAACGACAGUGGCGUGGAGAUGGCAGGAAACGCCGGCGGCAGCUACGAGGACCUGUCCACGCUGGAGGACGUGGUGCCCGGGGAGCCCAUGGGCACCUCGGGGCUCAUGGCUCUCCACAAACUGGAAAACCUUCGCAUCGACAAACUGAAGCAGCUGAGGAAACCGGCAGCUUCCAAGGGCCUGAACCUGCCGCCCAUCCCCGGAGCCGGCCUGCCCGGGGACGUUCCCGGUCUCCCGGUGCCGCCGCCAGCCUCGCACCGGCGCAUCGCGGAGCUGUCGGCAGCAGAGCUGGGCCUGGUGGCCCUGGGCGAGCGCCGGAGCAGCGGCACCAGCACCGUCAGCUCCGCCUACACCGUCAGCCGCCGCUCGUCGCUGGUGUCCCCGUACCUGGCGGGGCCGUGCCCGGGCGGCGAGGCCGGAGCGAUGCCCGGCGGGCCGUGCCCGGCGGACGGCUACGAUCCCAUCUCUCCGGACGAGUCGCGGCGUUCCGGCGACGCCGGUGUUUGCGGGGGGCUGCCGGGGGUGGGCAGCCUCACCCCGGCUCAGCGGUACCGCCUCAAGGCCAAAUACGCCGCAGCCACGGGCGGGCCCCCGCCGACCCCCCUGCCCGGCGUGGAGCAGGUGGCCGCGGGUGGCCACGGUGCCGUGCCCGGUGCUUACCCCGCUCCUGCCGGCCCUCGCUGCGUCGCCAACGGCUUGGUGAGAAGGCACAGCUCCAACGAGCACCCCGGCUACCCGGGCGGCGUCCCUGCUCACCUGGUGCCCCGGCACGGCGCGCGACGGGCAAGCGACCCCGCUCGGACGGUGGCCAAGCCUCCGGCAGUGCCCAGGGUGCAGAGGUUUAAGAGCGUGGGGAAUGUGAGCGUGCCAGGCGCGGGCAGGACAGCGCUGCAGCCCCUGGGCGGCUCCGAGGCCAACCUGCAGCGCCACGGCUUCUCCCCACGGCCCCCCAGCAUCACCGAGAAUGUCUUCCUGGAGAGCAUGGGGGGCCCCGAGUCCGGCCUGCUGGAGAUGGAUCAGUACCUGAGCUAUCCCGAGGAAAGCUUCCCGUGCCAGGGCACCGGUGUGGAGCUCCAGGGUGGCAUCUACGGUGCUCCCCGGACCGUGGUGGGGACGCACGGGGACGUGGAGGAGGGGCUCCUGCAGCCCGAGUUCUCCCUCCCGCAGUGCCAGAUGAACCAGCGCUUCCCCAGUUUGCCUGCCGGGAACGGGGCCCUGCCGGCGCCCUGGGAUGGAUCCCCCCAGGGCACGCUGGAGAUGAGCUCCAGGCAAAGCCUCGGAGCUGCAGCUCCCGCCAUGUCCGGGCCACACUGUCCCCAUCAAAGCGUCGAGUACCCCCACCCCAGCGCCUGCGGGCAGCAUCCCAAACUGCUGAGCUCGUGCCAGGACGCCGAAUUUUCCGGGGGGCACCGGUUUAACCGACUCCAGAUCAAAUCCGAGCAGCGAUACCCAGCUCCGAGCCCAGCACUUGCUCCCUGCCCCGUCGCCAAACUGGGCGGGCCCGCAGCGUCCCCCGCUGCCUUCGGCCACGCCAUGGAGCUGGGGCCGGGCGGGUUCCCCCCCGCGGGACCGGUACCGGGCGGGUACAUGGGCAUCGCCAGCCCGGGCGGCCGCAGAGCCCAGACCCCCACCCUGCAGACCAAAGAGGUGAUGGUCAGGAACUACGUGGAGGCGCAGCAGGCGCUGAUGUGGGGGGAGCAGCCCCACCUCAAGGGGAGCGCGGCUGCCGUGGGGCCGGGCAGUGAGCCCGGGCAGUGCCAGGCCGUGCCGUACCUCAGCCCCAGGUACUGCGGUUACCAACCCAAACCGGAUCAUCUGCAGAGCCUGGCGGAGCCCCAGCACCUCCUGAGUCCCCCCUGCUUCAACCCCGAGAUGAUCCCGCACCCUCCAGGUGGCCCGAAACCACCGGGUCACCAAGCCAGCCUGAGCUACCCGGGCAGCCUGGCACAGCCCGGGCACGGCUACGAGGGGGUGGACGCCGGUGCCCGGCGCCUGCCGCGCUUGCCCCCCGCCCGCCUCGCCCCCGAGGGGCCCGGGAACCUCCCCCUGUACUACCCGGGCCAGGGGGGCAAAGGUGGGCACAAGCUGCCGGGCCAGGGGGCAGCGAGCUGCGGGGGGACCGGGCACUACGGCCCAGAGGGACUCAAGGGCACCUCCUGUUACUACCUGGACUCGGGCGAGCAGGUGGCCAACAGCCUGGACUCGCUGGACCUGGAGAACACGCACCUUGACUUCGCUGCCAUCGUGGAGGACGUGGAGACCCCCGCAGCACUGCCUGGACCCCCCAGCCCGGCCGGGGGGCUCCUGCUGCCCUCGGCUGGGGGGGCAAACAUGGCAGUGGGGGACAUGAGCUCCAUGCUGAGCACGUUGGCAGGGGAGAGCCACUUCCUCAACUCCCUGUCCUAA